UAAAAGCUGUGAGCGAUUUCUGCGCAGACUCCAAGGCGUGCAAACCAGCCUGAGCUUGAAAAGAGCUCCCGACCCCUGCCUACCAGUCCAGGACUGGGAGGAGCCAAAUGUUCCCAGCAGAGGCAGAGCAGGCAAACACAAGCGCUGAUGAUCUUUAGAUGGUGGAAGAUUUCUCUGAGAAGCGAGUUUCGGUCAGCAAAACCUGGAGAGAUAAAGGAAACCCAUGAGGACUUCCUAGACAACUCUAAUCUUCAAGUACAGAUCGCCUUAGUGUUUGGUGCAAGAGUAUUAGACUAUGUCUUCAACCUGUGCCAAGGUAAAUUUGACUACCUGGAGCGGCUGUCGGACAAACUGCUGCUGAAGAUCAUCUGCUACCUGGACCUCGAGGAUAUUGCCAGGCUCUCGCAGACAUCUAGCAGGUUUGCCAAGCUGUGCAAGUCUGACUGGCUGUGGGAGCAGAUAGUUCAGUUGGCUUGUGACACCAUCACCCCCGACAUGAGGGCCCUGGCGAUGGACGUGGGCUGGAGACAGAUGUUCUUCACCAACAAGAUCCAGCUGCAGAGGCAGAUCCGCAGGAAGAAGCAGGAACACGGAAUGCACAAGGAGAAGCAUAUUUAGGGGCCAUGGUGCUUCUCUUCAGGUCUGGAUCUCUGCCAAUUCCAGGAAUCACCUGAAAAUCCCACUUUGAACACACAUGAAAAUCCACCCAGUGCCUUGCUUGAGCAACCACCCCUGUCCUGCUCAGGCCAACCCAUGGCCCACACACCUAGGGCUACAAGACAGGAAGCCUCUCAGGCCACCACCUUCCCCAUCCCCUGCUGCUCCUGAGGGAAAAGCAUAUUGUGUAUGAACUAACAAUAAAGAGUUACUAGCAA